CCAAAAUGGCGGCGUACCCAAGUCAAGAAUAUAGACCGCUGAAAAAAUCUAGUCUUGGGCCGCCAGAUGUUUAUCCACAGGAACCUAAACAGCGUGAGGAUGAACUCAACCUCAGCAAUGUUAAACAUGGAUUCAGCAAUGUUCAAACAUUUUCUGAUGAGCAUGGAUCAGAAAAAAAUGCUGAUAUCAAUAUUGAUAAGUUUGGAACUUACUUCAGCUCUGUGCUUACAAAGAAAAUGGAGUUCAACACAUUACAAGACUCCAAGAAAAGACAGAGUUUGCCGAAUAAAGAAAUAUUCUGGCCAGGAAGAAGUAAACCAACAGUUAUGGAAGCAUGGUUUAAAGAUUUAGCAGGCAAUAAACCUCUUUCACAGAUGUUUAAAAGAGUACCGAUGUUCAAUAGAAAAGAAGACACAUUUUCUACAUUAUGUGAAUAUAGUAUACCCAUGGUACGAGCUGCAUGGUUUGUAAAGAUGAUGGCAGCCUAUAAUACAGCUACACAAGAAAAUAGAAACAGAAAGAGACAAACUAUUGAUCAAUCUUCAGAAUGGGCAUCAGCCAUAACUAAAUAUCUAAAAGACCAGUUACAGAAAGUACAGGAAUUUUACCAUGGUGGUUCCGGUACACAGACUAGUUUCCUCACAACCCAGCAGACGCCCUUACAAGCAGACAUGGACGCAGCUUUAAAACAAUGGCAUUACUGUUGUAGAUUAGCUAGACAUAUGUAUAACGAGGGAUUAUUAGAUAGACAUGAAUAUUUAUCAUGGUUGGUAGAUUUAUUUGAGAAAAUGAAACAACCUGAUGACACGGUUUUAAAACUGAUCAUAGCUCAAGUUUUACAGUACAUGGAUGAAAUGACCAACUCAGCUCUGUUAUCAAGAAAACUGGCCUUUGUUUGUGCCAAGAAGAUAUCUUUUUUAUGUAGCGAAACAGGAACAACGUCACCACGAACUCAAUCACCUAUGUUAACUACUAAUUCAAAUGGAAAUAUAACAACAACCUCUAAUAAUCAAGCCUACACCAAUCCUAUAGCGGCCAUGUUUGCUGAGUACAGUAGCUGUCCUCAACAUAGAACUAUUAUAUUAAACCUUAGUGCUAUAUUACAGUCCAUUACUUUACGCUGUCCUACAUCGUUAGUAUGGAAUACAUUGGGUGAUGGUAAAAUGACUAAUUAUAUAUGCGGUUCACCUUUAGACCUCCUACCAUGUGCACCUUCCAGUCUUCCAAUGUUACCAGGCCCUCAAAAUCCACAGUUCCGAGCUCAAAUUCGACUGUGUGAGCAGCAAGUUAAACAGCGUGGUAGAAUGGCUGAAACAAGAUGGUCGUCUGAUAAAUGUCAACAAUCUGCUACAGGCAAGGGAGCUACAAUAUCUAAGAUAUUAACAGUAUUAGAUAUAUUUGACCGUCAUAAAUUUGAUGUGGUGGACGUGGUCAAUAAUAUGGAUACGCUUUACAAUAAAAUAUUCUCUGUUAACCAGUCUCAGGAUAAUGAGUCGAUGCCAAAUGAUGAUGCUAUAAUUCGCCUAUUAUUAGAUUUAGCUGUUAGUACUAGACGAUGUGGUGAUCAUAGGGCUAUAGUUGUAGCUAAAUUACUAGACAGAAGACAAACAGAAAUACGUAGUGAGAAAUAUGGUGAUAGUGAUAUGAUGGAUGAUAAAGAUUCUAUUGGAUCAGAUGCCAUGGUACCUCCUAGUAUUCCCAUCUUUCAACAUUUGCUCAUGGAUUUCCUUGAUACGUCUGCUCCUGUUUUAGAAGAUAAUCCGUCAGAAGAAAAUAAACUGGCAUUUAAGAAUCUCAUCCACUUGUUCUGUGAACUGACUCGUCAUGAAGUAUUUUCCCAUGAUGCGUACAUGUGUACGUUGAUAUCUCGUGGAGAAUUAAUGAGAUCGACGGCACCUAUUGUACCUUUCUGUGAUAGCAUGAUGGAUGUUAGUAGUGUUAAAAGUCUUAAUGAAAGUUUCAGUAUAAAACAUGAGCCACAAGAUGAUAUUAAAGUUGAUAUAAAUAUACUCACUAUGGAUGCCAUGGAGAGUGACCUUGGUAGUCUCUUUAGUUCUGUUAAAGAUGAAUCAAAAUCUAGUCCAGAACCACCAGCCUCAGUGAAGUCAGUCAAAUCUGAGAAAGGUGACCAGAAUAUACCUAGCGUUGGUGAAUCACAACAAGCUCCCUCACAGCCUAAAGGUCCUUCUAGACAUAUGCAGUAUGUCACACAUUUUGCUAUACCACAAGAUGAAUAUUCUAUACAUGAAAGUAAUCAAAGAAUGAUGAUGCUGUAUGGAGUCGGAAAAGCCAGAGACGAAGCAAGACAUUUCCUCAAGAAAAUUUCUAAAGAAGUUCUGCGUUUGUAUGGAAAGAGAAACUCCAUUGAUAUCAGUAGCGGAGAUUUGGGGAAAGUCAAAAAGAAGAAAGAAAAGGAAGGGGAAGCAGCUGUAGCAGGAAUGUCCGCUCCGUCUCUCCCAAAUUUGGAAGCCAUUUUCCUCAAAUUUCAGCGUCUGUCAUUUUUUGAUGAACAUGCAGUGACGAAUCAGUGUGUAAAUGCUGUAAUGGAACAAAUGAGAAGUUUUAUUGAUGGUAACUCUAGUUAUCUGCCCCUAGUAGAUCAUGUAGCGUAUUUGUUUGAUAUGAUGGAAUACGCCAUGAAUAUUAAUGGAUUAAUCGAUUUUGUUGUUAAGUUAUUGAAUCAAUUAUGUGAAGUAGUAACCCAGUUAAAGAUGAAAGAAUCGACAUUAGUCAGUAGUUAUACUAUGUCAUUAGGUCUAUGUAUUGUUAGUGUAUUAAGGAAUUAUAACUCCUAUAUGUUGGUAUCACAAGAACAGACAGCUGAUGCCUUUGAAGGUUUAAUUGGUGUUAUGAGAUUACUAGAUGUAUCUAAUCCUGCUGAUUGUACGUCUGCCUCAAGAUGUAUGUUAGCGUAUUUAUGUGAUACGUAUAGCUGUAAUAUUUACCUCAAGAAUAAAUAUUCCGAGAUGUUUAAUGCUCCAUAUAAUAAGAUGAAGAGUACAUUAUAUGCUACAGUUAAUGCAUCUUCAUCUAAUCUAAGAUGGGAUCCUGCCUUUAUGAUUGAUGUCAUUAACAAAGGCUGCAAAAAUCCACUAGAUCAACAGUUAGUUCGACAAGUUCAGGAGAAUUCAUUAAACUUAUAUAGUUUUGUAUGUAAUGCAACCCUCAAUAUUUGUGGUUCACAGCAACCCGAAAGAUUAAAUGAUAUAGCUAUAUUAUGUGCUGAGUUUACUGCUAGAUGUAAUGCUUUAAGUUCCGAGUGGUUGGGUGUGUUAAAGGCUUUGUGUUGUUCAUCAAACAGUAGCAGUGGUUUUAUUGAUGUUCUCACACAAAUUGAUGUGAGUGAUAUGUCUAUACACGAUUCACUAUCUGUAUUUACGGCCAUCUUGAUUGCUAGACAUUGUUUCUCUCUACAAGAUUUUGUGAUACAUGUGGCGCUACCAUCACUAAUGGCUGCCUGUCCAUCUGCGGGAGGAGAUCAAGAUGCAGAGUCUGGAGCCCGUCUGACAUGUCACCUGUUAUUACGUCUGUUUAAAACGUCUCAUCUAACCCAACCACAACCAGGAUUAUCAUCUGGUAGUCGGAAUGCUCCGUUAAUUAAAUCAUCAGCUGAUUGUCAUCUGUUAGAAGCAGCACAUGAUAGUAUUACUGUAGGCGGUGUGCUGGCUGUAUUAAAGGCUAUUCUCAUGUUAGGUGAUUCAUAUAAUGAUGAUGAAUAUAAAGCAAGAAAUGCCAAUCAGAAAGAUAAAUCAGGCGAUAUAUUUACUAGUUUAUUACGUAGUUUAGAUGAUGAUAAUGAAAUAGAUCUACAGUUGCUAGGAUCUUCUAUGGGCAGUAAGAAGACGGGUGUUGAGAGAGCUGGAUUAAGUGAAUUCGCCAAAUAUUCAUUACGUGAAAUGUGUAGUCAGGAAUGGGUACGAGAGAAGUUUUUAAAGGAACCAGAUAGUUUAUUUCAUGAGGAUAUGUUAUUAGAUCAUCUGUUAUCUAGUAAACAAGCUCAUCAGUUAUUACAGAUGAUCUGUUAUCCUACUGGUGUACCCAAUCAGAUUGAUGGUAGUGAACCGGAUAAUAAACAAAAUAUACUUAGAAUAUUACAGACAUUAGAUAAAUGGUCAUUACGAGUUAGCUGGUUAGAAUUACAGUUAAUGUUUAAACAAUCUACAUCGGUUGCUGAGACGAAUAGUUUAUUAGAUAUAUUAGCUAAAGGAACAAUAGACUUAUUUCAUCAACAAACAGAAGUUAAUAAAUCAGCUAGCAGUAGUUCUACACCAUUAUCUGAUGUUAAUAAUAAGUCUGAUUCUAAUGAUAGUAUAUGGUUGGUAGCACCUUUAAUAUCAAAAUUAUCAGCCAAUGUACAAGGUCGAGUGUUGAAAUCUGCUGGUCAGGUUCUAGAAAGUGGCAAUAAUCUAGUCUCAAAAAGUAAAAUUGACAGAGAAAAAAAUCAAAAAAGUAAAUCGUUAUUAGGGCAUCAAUCAUUCUUAUCAUUAGUGUUGACCUGUUUAAAAGGUCAAGAUGAACAACGGGAGGGUUUGCUUAACUCCCUUCAUUCGCAACUUGAAAAGUUUAUAUUUAAUAUGAAGGAAAUAUUGGAAAAAAGUCCUGAUGAAUAUAAAGUUAGACAAGAUCUACAUAAGGAUUUACAGUUACGACUUUCACUGGUUGGAGGUAUGAUAGAUACUAUACAGAGAAAUAAUACAACUACAAGUGAAUGGGCAAUAUUAUUACUUAUGUUAAUAAGUCAUGGUGUAGUAGAUACACAAACUACUAACAAUGAAUUAUUUACAACUGUACUGGAUAUGUUAUCUGUUCUCAUUCACGGAACUCUGCUGUCAGAGGAAGGAGAAAAAGGAGAAGAAAAUAAAAAGGCAUACACAAAUCUGAUAAAAAAAUUAAAGAAAGAGUUAGGAGAUAAACAGUCUAAUUGUAUAGAUAAAUUACGGCGGUUAUUACCUAUACCAAAGAAGUCAUACGAGGUUAUAACUUGUGAAACGUAUGGUACACUAGUCGAUACAAAGGGUAAUAAAAUCGCUGGAUUCGAUUCAAUCGGCAAAAAACAGGGUCUACAAGUAGCUCAGAAGAUUAAGAUAAGUCCGUGGGAAGUAAUAGAAGGUUAUAGAAAUUCAGCAUCUAUUGCCUGGGCUAACUUCAGUGCUAUUAAAACAGAGAAAAAAGCUCUCAGAUAUGAGGACCAGUUCAGGAUAUCUUUAUAUCACACCCAUUCUUUACGACAAUCAGACAGUUAUUAUCUAGAGGCACCACCAUUACCACCAGAAGAACUAGAACCACCACCAGAAAAAAUUGAAGAUAAACCUAAAGAUACACUGGAUAUAAAUAAUAGUGAUGGCGGUAAAAAAGCUAAACAAACUCGACGUAGACGUCAAUCUAAAGCUGCUUCUACAGCUCCUUACAUGCAGCCACCAGUACGUCCAUAUUAUGGUCAGGAACAGAAUAUGUAUCAACCACCUGGUCCUAAUAGUUGGUAUAAUACACCCCAACCUCAACCACCUCAAUAUGGUUAUACUCCACAACCAAUGACACAAACACCUAGACCAAGAAUGGGCAUGUAUAAUAAUAGUAACUCAUCAGCUAAUCCAAAGAUGAUGUUAAACAAUUUCUUACAUAAUCGUAAACCUCAGAAUUCAAAUCCUGGCUAUAUGGCACCGGGUGCUCAAUCUCAGAUGCCAAAUAUACAAAUGAUGCAUAAACAACAACAACAUCAAAUGAUCAGGAACCACAUAUUCCAGAAACAACAGAAGAAUUCCGGAAUGUAUGGUAAUCCCAUGUCGUCGGGUCCAGCACCUCAUGGUUCCAUGCAUCCAAUGCAACAAGGUAUGUCCAAUAAUUACCAGGGGUAUAAUUCCAUGCAACAAAUGCCAGGUAGAAUCAUGGAACCAAUGAAUAGCAGCAUGAUGUCACAAGGCUAUAACCAAUCAUAUCAAGGCAAUCAGAGCUCGGCAAUGAUGGGUGGGAUGCAGCAAGGAGCAAAUUAUAUAUCACCACAGUCAAUGCCCCAGUCUCAACCAGCUUAUAAUCCUCAACAGAGGUUACAACCUUCUAUGGCAGCAGCAGGUGGUAUACCCAACCCAAAUAACGUGGGUAUGUCGGGAUAUAAUCAGAUGGGACCUGGAGCACCACCACACCAAUCUUACAACAUGCAAACAAUGCCCCAACAACAAAGAUUACAACAGAUGCGGCAUCAACGUUUAAUUCAACAACAGCAACAGCAGCAGCAGCAGCAACAACAGCAACAACAAAUUCCAUCAGGAUCUUUGGGUGUUCCACAGUUUAACCAGAUGCAUCAUGUACCCCAGGGACCUCAGUAUAAUAAUUAUGGACAAUAUUAAAUGAAACCAAUUCUGAUAGAAUAGGCUUUGAAUCAAAUGCAGCAAUAGACAAUAAUAAAUAAAACCAAUUCUGAUCAGACUUCAGUCAGCAUCAAUGGGUGUUUCACAGUUUAAUCAGAUGCUUCGUGUACCCCAGGGACCUCAGUAUAAUAUUUACGGACAAUAUUAAAUGAAACCAAUUCUGAUCUGAAUAGGCUUUGAAUCAGAUGCAACUAAUACCAAACGGGACCUCAGUAUAAUAGUUAUAGACAAUAUUAAAUGAAACCAAUUCCAAUCAGAAUUCUGUCCAAUCUCAUGGUGCAGUGUAAGCAAAUAAGCUUUGAAUCUGAUGUAACAUUUACCCAAGCUCCCCAGGGACCUCAAUAUAGUAAUUACGGACAAUAUUAAAUGAAACCAAUUCCGGAUCAGAAUUCUGUCCAAUCUCGGGGUGGAGUGUAAGCAAAUAGGCCGUUGAAUGUUGACAUUUUAUUCUUGACCCUAAACUCAUUACCGUAGACUUCUUGUUUAUCUAAACUUCAACUCACUGUACAUAAGAUAUUUUUUCAUCAGUAGAUCGGAAAAUAUUGUGACUCAAAACAUUUUUGUGAAGCCAUUGAAAGAAUAUCUAGGCCACACAAAAAAAAUAUUCUGGUUAUCAUCAGACAAUCUUUACGAAAAUCUGAUGAGGGAGGGAGGGAGGUUUUUAUUGUUUUUGGGGUUUUUUUGUCUAAGGAUCAUUACUUGGUGAAAUGACUUCUCAUAAACAUCAGAUUUCAAGGCACUGCUGUCAUAUAGUAAUGCCACCUUACAUGGAAGAGUUCUCUCCCUUUUGUUCAUUAUUAGAGUCCACGGGAGUUAUCUCCCAUAUGUGGAAUCUUUUGUACUUAGAGAGGUUGAAUAAACCAUGGCCUAUCUGAGUAUCUCACUUGUGGUUUUUAUAUUCAAUACAUUUUAAUCCAUGGUGAACCAGAGAACUACAUUUAUCGCAUCAGGUUGUUUAUUUAUGCCGGUUGUGUAUUUGAUAAAAGAGUCUGUGCAUUCAUUUAAAUAUUUAUAUAGAUUUACUUCCUGUAACCAGUGGUAAAAUAUAUACUGCUGAAAUAAAUGAGACUAGAAUAAUUUCUUCUUUUUUUUAAAUAAAAAACAUGUCAUUCAUCCUUUAUGAAAUCACUAAGAUUAUCUGAGAACUAGAAUAUUAUUUUAUACGGCCUACUAAUAUAUGUGGUUUCAAUUUCAUUCUCCUAUAUGGGAAUUAAUUUUAAAUAAUUUAUAUAAAGAAAAUCCCCCACUAAAUUCUAUUUAUUGUAUCAUAAAGGGCAUUAUAAUUUCCUUUAAAUUCUCAUAGUCUGUCUAUGCAUUCAUAUAACUUAUCAAUGAAUAUGUACAAGCCAGUAUUUAUUGAAAUAUCGCUUGUUUGGUUCCUUGUUUCACAGCCUGUGUGAGCACUUCGAAAUAAAUAAAUGAAUGAAUUUGCAUGUUGUGAGAUUGGGAUCUGAAAGAGUGAUAUGAUUUUCCUCAGUUGAAAUUUGAACCAUUUGUAUUGUAAGUAAAAUCAGGGCCCUAUUUCUCGAAAUCUUAACCAAAGAUAAAAUCCAAAUUUUAGUAGAUACUUCAAUGUUGAUUGGCUAAACACUAAAAUCAAUCUAAUAUUAUAAAUCAAAUUACUAAAAUUUGGAUUUUAUCUUAGUUAAAAUUUCAUGAAACAGGCCCCAGAACAUAGAUUAAAUUGUUGUACAUAAUGUCAUAUCAUAUCAUUGUAUAUAUAAACCAUGUUAUCUUAUUAAGAUGCAGUAGAAAAUGUAUUUAUUAAAGAUAAGCUAUUAGAAAUGGACUAAUAGUGUAAUUUGGUACAAACUGAAAUUUGUCAUAUUUGUGUACUCGUCCAAUGGACUAAUUGUCUAGGUACAAGUACAUGCUGAAAUUUGAAAUAAUCAAAAUACAAAAAUUAAAGAUACAUUAUGUAAGAUUUAGAUAAAGAGCUGAUCAUUCUUGCUAUGAUAGUUCAAAAAAUGAUAAUGUAAAAUUAAAAUAUUGAAAAUUUCAUUCAAAUUGCUUCAUUCUGAGCCACGUUAUCACUGUUUGUAGUUUUGACAAGACGUGUGCGUUGUGGUAACCAGGGCACUGGUGUAUUCAAGACUUGGCCUCGCUUUCCCAUUUUUAAAUUAAAGUUUUAAAUGGCGAGUAUCCGAUGCCAUCAAGAGUUGAUUGUGGUCUUGUUUUAUUAAUAAAUGUCUAAUUAAUAGUUUAUAUAACAUUUCAAGCCUAAAGAAAGACCUGCAAUAGACUGUUUUACCUCUUGCAUAAUGUAUGUUUAAAGAAGCCUAAAAAGAAAAGUCGCAGUCCUCAACAACUUGUGACUUUUUAUUUCUAAACAGUUAGAUAAAUAUUGUCGGCUAUCUCACAAUGAAAAUAAUUGAAUGCAACAAAAAAUGGCUGGUGGUUGUAAAUGAUGAAAAAUGAAACUGUGUACCUUGCAGGCAGCAUUAGGGCAAAGGAGAUGUUAAUUUGCAUGUGAUUCUGUUGGUAUUCAAAUUAUUUUUUUUAGAUAUUGCUUAAACUAUUGUUUCAAUAUGUAAAUUCAAUCGUUAAAUUCUCAGUUUAGAGUGGAUCAUUUGACUGAAAUUUUCAGCAAAUUCCCUUUACAUUAUCUAGUUUUUAACUAUUAUAGUGAGAACUGCCAGCUCUUUAUCUUAUCUCCCAUAAUGUAUUUUCAAGUUCAUCAACUAUUUUAGGUAACCAUAAGUUAUGCAUGCUCCUGUUAUUCAAUCAUGUUCUCAUUAAAAACAUAAUUUCACACAAAAUGACCAAAUUUGACUGCAUGUCACCCCAGGUUGUCAGAGUGCUUUCACUACCUUAAACAUCUAGUUGUUUGAAUGGGACAAAAAGACAAGGUCCUGUCAUGUGGCAACACAUUAAUCAUCCCCUGAUAGUUGAAAAUGGAAAACAGAAAUAAUAGUACUGCUUGCCAGUCAAAAUUUCCCUCAUAGCACACUGUAUGGUAUAGGCUUGUCUUCAUUCUCUUGUUUGGUGAUGAACUUUCUGUAAAGCGAAUUGGUGUCUUAGUCAUUUGGAUGGGACAUGAGCAUGCAAGUAAAUGAAAACUUAACAGUAGGAAUUUGAUAUAAAAGUAGGCUGUAAUGCCGCUGUACUGGCAAAAUUUCCCACAUAGCACACCCAGAAAAGUAGGGCAUUAACCCCAUUUCAUUUUAGGUAAAAGUAAUCAUUAAACAGGAUUGUACCCCCCAUUUCAAAAUCCCCCCUCUGAUUUAUACAAGAAAGUAUAGGUUCUAUGUAUUUUAUAAUGUAAAAAGGGUGUAGUUUGUCAUCAGUGUCUCGGUUGUUUAUAAUUUUGUACAUAAUAAAUGUAUCAAAACAUA